CUGAUUCGCAACAAAAACCAAACCAACGAACAACCAAACAGGCAAAAUCAAAUCAAAAUUCCAUCAAGAAUUGGAUCGUUCUCUUGUUCUUCAACUCAAAGAAAUCCUCUAAAUCCUCAAUAAACCCAUCUCGAAUUUUCCUCCGGUGAGAGAAUUUUUGUGGGGAUUUAUCGCAGAGAUGGAUUUCGAGCUGAGAAGAGCCCGAGAGAAGCUUGAGAGAGAGCAAAAGGAAAGGAAAGAAAGAGCGAAAUUGAAAAUCGAGAGAGAAAAGAAAGCCAAGCAAGAAGCCCUUCGUCAACGUGAAGCGCUUGAAGCCGCCCAGCGCGCCCGCCGGCUCGAUGCUGCAGAAGCCGAAGCAAAGGCUAAUCAGCAAAUGGAAGAGGAUAGGCUUGUGGGACGAGGAGUUAUUUUUUCUCGUAUGCUAGAAGCUAUGCCUUACCAGGGAAAUGGAGAUAAAAUAAAGUUGCCACCAUCCUGCUUCUCAGAGUUGUCGGAGCAGGGUGCUUUUGAUAAGGGGCCAUUGCACUUUUCCUUGUCUGUGAUUGUAAAAGAUGACCUUUCAGAAACUAUGAAUUCUGGAAGUCAAAAUCGUAGGACAACACAUGCUGGUGUUCUGGAGUUUACUGCUGAUGAAGGUUCUGUAGGAGUACCGCCUCAUGUAUGGAGUAACCUGUUCCCAGCGGAGACUUCUAUGUUACCAAUGGUUGAGGUCCGUUAUGUAUGGUUGCCAAAAGGGACAUUUGCAAAACUUCAGCCCGAUGAAUAUGGCUUUUCUGACAUUCCAAAUCACAAGGCUGUCCUUGAAACAAGUCUUCGCCAGCAUGCAACUCUGUCAGAAGGUGACAUGCUGAGGGUUAAUCAUGGUGUCCUAACAUACAAUUUACGUGUUCUUGAGUUGAAGCCCUCUUCAAGUGUGUCUGUUCUAGAAACUGAUAUUGAAGUUGAUAUUAUUGGCUCCGAUUCGAAUCCGGAGAAAGCCAAUCAUCAAGUAUUGAGACCUCUCACAUUUGGGAAAUCAGAAUCUGGAGCUGUUGAGGAAGGGAAUUACAUGUAUUAUAAAUUUGUGAUAGAUGAUGGGACUUGGAAUAGAAUUUCCCCUGGGGAUGCCAAAAUUGAAAUAAGGAUAGAACCACAGACACAAGAUGGAGACUGUGAUAUUUACGUGUCCAAGCAUCCACUCUUAUUUCCCACACAACACCAGCAUGGAUGGUCUUCUCAUGACGUUGGUUCAAAAGUAUUGAUACUUAGCUCCAAGGACCUGAGCUUGGGCCCAGGAACUUAUAGUAUUGGUAUAUAUGGCUUCAAGGGGAAAACAAAGUAUCAGGCAUCUGUAAAUAUUCAAGACAACUUGAAGCCUAAGGUGGGUCAGCAAGCUGUGUCUUCCUCGUCAACGAUUGAUGCAGAUACUGUGGAGUGCAGUAACUGCAAGCAUUACAUUCCUUCGAGGACGAUAGCCCUACAUGAGGCUUAUUGUCGCAGACACAACAUUGUCUGUCAGCAUGCUGGUUGUGGUGUUGUUCUCAGGAUUGAGGAGGCCAAAAACCAUGUCCACUGCAAGAAAUGUGGGAAUGCUUUUCAACAAGGAGAGAUUGAAAAGCACAUGAAAGUUUUUCAUGAGCCACUCCAAUGCCCUUGUGGAAUUGUCCUUGAGAAAGAACAGAUGGUGCAACACCAGUCCUCUGAGUGUCCACUGCGGUUAGUUAUAUGCCGGUUUUGUGGAGACAUGGUUCAAGCUGGGACAUCUGCUGCAGAUAUACGAGAUAGAUUACGAGGACUUUCAGAGCAUGAAAGUCUGUGUGGGUCUAGGACAGCUCCCUGUGAUUCGUGUGGCCGUUCAGUCAUGUUGAAGGAUAUGGACAUACACCAUGUUGCUGUUCAUCAGAAGAGUUAAAUCUCGAAGAAUAUUUAUGCUAGGGUUGCAAACUCGAGCAAUUGCUCCAAAUUUGUUACUAAUGUAUCUAUCUUAUUUUUUGGCUGCUUGCUUGCAGGCUGCAGAAAUUGUAAUAUUUGCGAAUUUCUUUUGUACCUUUUACAUCUGCCAUUGCAAUGGAAAAUAAUGAAAUGACGUUGUGUA